UGGAUGUGAAGUCAUCGGUAUUAAAAUGGUCACACUGAACACUGCGGGCACUGUGCUGACUUCUAAUCCACAAUACAUCUUAAAAAAGAAAAGUUAAGGUCCUGCGAAAUGUGUAAUCAGCAAUAUUACAACAAUAUUCGAGCCAUUUGUUAAGACUUGCUAGGGAUGGUGCGUGUUGUGUGCGCUGAAAUCAUAAUUAGUUGCAACGCAAUUGCGAUGGCGACGAGUGCGAGCAAAAGCGAAUGAGAGAAAAAAGAGCGAGUAUUACAAAGAAAAAAUAAUACUAUAACAGCGACUAGUAAAAGCAAGCAGCUAAAUUCAUUAGAGUUGUCACAAGAAACAACAAAUACAAGCCAGCACAAGCAAAUAAAACGAAAUAAAACACAGUCAGAGUCAGGCCCAUAUCCGCCCAGAUGAGAAAUGCGAAUACUGCAAAUGGUAACAAUUACAAGCAGCAGCAGACGACGCAGCAACAGCAACAGCAAUCAACCAAAUCAAUAACAGCAAAUCGACAACUAUUUAACAACUGCUCGCAGCAGCAGGAGCAGCAGCAGCAGCAGCAACGCUUUUUGGCUUGAGCAGCAGUAAUCGCAGGAGUCGCAGCAGCAUGGCUUGGAUGCGUUGUCCCACUCUGGAGCUGGCUCUGCUUGGGCUCUGUUUGAUAUGCCAUCAGGAAGUCGUUGCUGGCCAUGUCCUCGUCUACAAACGAAAUACGUCACAGCUGAUUGAGGAGUUCAAUGAUUUGCCUUCAACAUUCGGACCUUCGAUCGUUGGCAAUAAUCUUCGGGUUUUUGCUGUGCCGCCGGAGCCGAAAUAUGCAUUUGGUUGUGAUUAUUUAAAUUUGCCACCACGCAACAGUGACUAUCCCACUGGAGCCAAGUUUGUGGCGAUUGUGUCUCGCGGCGGCGAUUGCACAUUUGAGCGCAAGGUGCGCGUGGCCCAGAAUGCAACGUAUUUUGCUGUGAUCAUCUACAACAAUGAAGGCGACGAGCUAGAACAAAUGACCGCCAACAAUGCCUCAGGCAUAUACAUACCCUCCGUUUUUGUUGGCCAAACGACCGGCAAGACAUUAUUAUCGUUCUCUACGCCAGGGUUGGUGCUAAUCAUCAACGACGAGCUGCCCUUCAAUAUCAACACACAAUUGAUAUUGCCGUUUUCCAUACUGAUUGCAUUGUGUUUUCUCGUUAUGAUAGUCUAUAUGAUAUAUAGAUGCAUAAGAGAACAGCGACGUUUGCGUCGCUAUCGAUUGCCCAAGAGUAUGCUCAAGAAAAUUCCAGUGCUGCGCUAUACCAAAAAUAAUACGAGAAUUAAGUAUGAGACCUGCGUUAUCUGUCUCGAUGACUUUGUCGAGGACGAUAAGCUGCGCGUAUUGCCCUGUUCGCAUCCAUAUCACAGCCAUUGCAUUGAUCCCUGGUUAACGGAAAACCGACGCGUCUGCCCCAUAUGCAAGCGGAAGGUUUUUUCGAAGGGCGAAAUUCGUGCGAGUCGACUUCGACAGCCUUCUUUAGAUAUCGUCACCGAUACUGAUGAUGAUACUACACCACUAUUGCAACAACAGCCAGAGGAGGCAGCUGCAGCUGCAGCAGCGGCCAACGCUAGUGGCAGCAACAGCGCCAGCAUCAAUUCUGCUUCCUCGGCUGCCGGCACAACAAGACACGGCACAUUUCGACGUGGCGACACCGUGCGAAAUUCCACAGCAGCGCAAGAAUAUCAUAGCUCUGAUGAUGAAAAUGCGCUGCUGGAGUCUACCAUAACUCAGGCUAAUACAUCGUCAUCUUUCCAACGGCGUGUUAAUCCAUUUGAUCGCUCACCAAAUUUACCUGCGCAUUUGGCAGAUCAACUAAACCAACCACGGCGCUCACUUUGGUCGCGUAUUAUAUCCAGCUUCCCAUUUCGUCGUGAGCCGGGUGGCAUCAGCGUGGCAGCGCCACCUUAUCUCGAUCAUGUGGUGUCGGGAACAAGCGAGGUGACUGUUCGUGGUGUGGCAGCGAUUGACACAACUGCUGCUAUGUCCACGCCUUCAUCGAACAACAUACUAAACCCGAAUUUAAGCGGCUCCUUCAAGGAUGAUGACGAUAUGCCACCGCAUCGUUCCAUUUACGAACCGAUUGCUAUCAAUACGCCUGCAACCGAGCUGGGAACGCCUUCAGGUGCUGUCGCUGCUUCGGACUCGGCGUUCCUACAGACUCCCACACAAGGAGGAAUAGGAGUUGCAGCGCUGCCGCUUAGCGCCGACGAUCGCCAGUUUCUCAUAUGAAGUAGAGGCGAUUUAGUGAGUUUAGUUUUCUAGGCAUAGUUUCCACCCACAGCAGGCAAAACCAACUAAAAGAAAUCCAAUUUUUAGGAAUAGUAAAGUAGAUGUCGCUUGGAAGCGGCAAAUCUGUGGCUGCCCGCUGCUUUGUUUUAAACAAUUAACAAAUGUUUAUCCUUAAUAUACAUAUGUAAAUGUAAUUGUCUUUGUAAUCAUCAUCAUCAUGCAUCAUGCAUCGUUGAUCCUGGAUGAUUAUGGUUUGCAUUGCAAAAAAAUUACAUUCAUACAUACACACACACAUACAUAAAUAUGCGUAUACAAAUUGUGAUUUAUUUUAUAUACCUACUCUUAACCAAAUUGGCUUGAAUAACUAAAGUCGUACAACACACAAAACUAAAAUAAAAAAGAAAUUAACAUUUAUCACCGCAUAAGAUUGUUUACCUGUUUCGAAUUCCAUAUUCGAUUUAUGUUGGUUUUUAACACACUCAACUCUACACUCCAAAAUAAAUAAAAAAUAAAAACAAAACAGUAAAAUCGCUUGCAAGGAAAAUGUUCAUACAAAUAAGUCAAUAAAUAGAAUUGAUAAUGUGUAAUUAUACUAUUUGAUAAACACUAGUUUUAUUAAGCACUUGCAAUUUGUUUUCAGGCGUGAAUAUAAUUUGUAUAAUGUUACUGUAUAUUAUGCUGGAUUUAUCUAAUUUUAAGUUUGCUGUGUAAUAUAUCCAAAUUCAUCCAUUCGUUUUAUUUUCUCUGUAAAUGGCAGGAAAUAAUACUUUUAAUAAUAGCUGCAUGCAGCGAAGCAGUUUUCAAAAUUUGCUAUUUGUUUUUCUACAAAUAAUACAAAUAAAAAAACUGCAAUUGAUAAAAACCUUUCACAACAAUAAAUAUAAAGAUGUGUAAAACGAAAUCAAUUAAACAUAAAGACAUAACUUGUGUGUUUCAACGUGUAAUCUAAAGUUAAUUUACAAUAAAUUAAACAUAAUUGAAUACAAAACAA